CUGCCCCUGACCUAGUGGGAGGGAGGAGGAGGGCCGGUCCGAGAGGAGGAGUCUGCAGCGCCUGGCUGCUGGCUGCUGGCUGCGUCGCUGGGACUCUGCCGACAGCCAAGAUGGCGCUGGCUGCUGCGAGUCGCGUUCUGCUGCACGCCGGAUCCCGCCUCGGGCGCAGGGAGGCCUUGGAUGGCGCGCGGCGCUUCGCUAACAAGCGGGUGCUGGUGGAGACGGAGGACAAGGCAGGAGUUGCAGUGAUGAAGUUCAAGAACCCCCCAGUGAACUCCCUGAGCUUGGAGUUUCUGACAGAGUUUGUCAUCAGCCUGGAGAAACUAGAGAAUGACAAGACGUUCCGUGGUGUCAUCCUCACUUCGGACUGCCCGGGUAUUUUCUCAGCUGGUCUAGACUUGACGGAGAUGUACGGCCGGAACCCAGCCCACUACGCUGAGUACUGGAAGGCUGUGCAGGAGCUGUGGCUGAGGCUCUACUUGUCCAAGCUGAUCAUAAUGUCCGCCAUCAAUGGUGCUUCUCCAGCUGGAGGCUGCCUCAUAGCUCUUACCUGUGACUACAGGAUUAUGGCUGACAACCCCAAGUACACCAUAGGAUUAAAUGAGACCCUGCUGGGCAUUGUUGCCCCCUUCUGGUUCAAAGACAACUUUGUGAACACCAUUGGGCACCGAGCAGCAGAGCGUGCCCUUCAGCUGGGGAUGCUCUUCCCACCAGCAGAGGCCCUCAAGGUGGGUGUGGUGGACGAGGUGGUGCCUGAGGACCAGGUAUUCAGCAAGACUCGCUCAGUGAUGGCCCAGUGGUUGGCCAUUCCAGACCAUUCUCGGCAGCUGACCAAGAGCAUGAUGCGAAAGGCCACGGCAGACAACCUGAUCAAGCAGCGGGAGGCUGACAUCCAGUAUUUCGUCAGCUUCAUCUCCCGAGACUCUAUCCAGAAGUCCCUGCAAGUGUACUUGGAAAAGCUCAAGCAAAAGAGGGGCUAGAACCCCACGGAUGUUUGGUCACGCGUGCCUUCUGGGGUCUCCCUGGUCCCAAGGAUUAUAAACAAGGUAUUUUUCAACUUAAAAAUUCUUAGCUCUUGUGUUUC